AUGUCCACGUCGGAAAAACCUCGUAGAAAUCAAAAGCGUAAAUCAAAGAAAAAUGAUAACAUAGAUUCACAGACGCGAUCUUCUCAGACAAACCAAACUAAGUUAACAAAGAAACAACAGCUUAUUAAACAAACGCUCGAAACGCGUAAACAAUUUAAACAGCAAAGCCUUGAAUGGCAGGAAAAACUUUAUGAAACAGUUCCUCUAGAUAUUUUACGUGAUUCGGCGAAAUACAUACUGCCACAUCAUUAUGAAGAAAUAAUUGAAGAAAGGAACGCAAGUAAAUUGUGUGGGUACCCUAUUUGUUCAAAACCUAAACAAACAAUUCAAGGUCAAUACAGGAUCUCGUAUCAUGCAAGAGAGAUCUAUGAUAUAUCUGAAUUGAAAUGUUACUGUUCGACAAUAUGCUUUGUUUCUUCUAAAUAUUUCUCUGCUCAACUAUCGGUUGAACCCUUGUAUUUGCGAGAUUUACAAAAUUGGAAGCCUGUGGAUGUAAUUCCACUUGGGGUAGAUCCUAGAGAUCUAGUAAAACAAGAUCAGUCUACAAAAAAAAAUAUUCAUUCUGGUUUGAAUCAGCGUAUCGAGUAU